AUGGCCACUGCCACUCGCCAAUUGCUGCCACCAAGCCAAGCCAUGCCGGCGGCGGCACUCCCAGACCCACCGAGAGAGAUCCUGCAGAUUGCUAGCUCCACCUUGCCGGCCACCACGGGCAUCGUUGCAGUUGGUGCUGCGUCAUCCGUCACGGCAGGCGGUAGCCACACCGGCGCCACCCCGGCGCAACCGUCUCCUGCCGCCGCUGGCGUGAACUCGAGCCUCCCGGCCAACAACAACUUGCGGCCUGGAGCCGUCCCGGUGCAAGAAGCCGUUGCUUCCUCGGCUGGGCCAGCAGGUUCGGUCGUCGCCGGGGCCAACGGCCUCCCAACCCCGGCGCAAGAAAGUACGCCAGCAGCGUCGUCGUCGUCGAUCACUGCUUCAGACGCCAAGGCCGCGUUGAGCUGGUCCCUGGUUAAGCCGCCGACCAACGCAGGCACGGCGCCUGCGGCCGGACAGGCAGCCGGGUCGAAAUGGGACACGCUUCUCUCCAAAAUCGUCAAGGACACGGGGCUCCCGGACCCGGAGAAGGUCGACGGGUGCAUCUGGCGCGCGGAGGUCGCGUCCCUGCCGCCCGGAGCGUGCACCCCCGUGGUGGUGGCCCUCGGCCCGCUGUUCCCCGCGGAUCAGGCGCAGCAGGGGAUGGAGGAGACCAAGUGGAAGUACGUGCAGAACCUGAUCCGCCGUGGGCACCGCAAGGAAGACGCCAAGAACAAGCUCACGGAGUACCUCACCCACAUCAACGCGAUGGAGGUCCGCAUCCGGCAGCGCUACGACCCGUCCGAGCUACAGAUCUCCAAUGAGAAGCUGGUGGAGAGGAUGGUGGUGGACGGCCUCUUCGUCAUCGAGGUCCUGAUGAACCACUGGGUGGGGAAGAUCGACAAGGGGUCGGCCUCGCCGGAGGCGACGGAGUUCACCCCGCUUAAUGUCCGAUGGGAGCCGUACGCGCUCCGGUUCGACCUUGUGGCCGUCCCGAACCAGAUCCCCUUCUUCGUGCUCGAGGAGCUAUUCAAGAUGACCGACAUCCCCGAGCUCGGCGAGCUCGAGAAGAAACCCGUCAAGCUCAAACAGAUCAUACUCGACUACCUCGUCGGCGACGCGGGCGACGACAUGCUCGCUGCUUACGAGGGCCGCCCCGUGUUCCACAUCCUGCAUCUCGUGUAUCUGUACCUGACAUUCUCCAAGGAAGAGCCCAAGGUGUCGGCCCUGCAGCCGAAGCGGCCGGUGACGCGGUCGUCGUCGCUCGACACGGCCUUGGGCAAGCUGAAGCAAAGGGGCAUGGAUCUUCGCGCGCUUUACAGACGCACCGUCACGCGGUCCUCGAGCCUGCCGGUGGGGUGGAUGCAGUGGAAGGUGAUCCCGCCAUUGCGCGAGCUCGUCCGGGUGGGCGUGAAGGUGAAGCGCGCGGAGACGCCCCGGUUCGCGGAGGUCAGGUUCAGGAACGGGGUGCUGGAGAUCCCGGCCUUCGCGUGGCGGCGCUACCACAUCCGGCUGCUCACCAACCUGGUGGUGCUGGAGAUGUCCGGCUGGUGGCCGCCCGAGAAGCGGGUCUUCUGCAGCUACGUGAGGUUCAUGGCGGAGCUCAUGAUGAAGAAGGAGGACGCCGCGAUUCUCUUCAAGAAGGGCGUCGUCCAGGAGAACAACAUCGACGACGUCGAGAAGAGCCUGAUCUACCCGUUCCUCAUCCUCGCCGACUACAGCCACGGCUCCAAGUACGUGGGCCACUUCGACGGCCUCGUCCGCGACAUGGUCCGCUGCUACGAGCGGUGGAGCAAGGUUGGCCCCGUGCCAAGCAGCGCCCAGUGA